UGAGCGUCUGUUGUUCACACUCAUCUUAGAGCGAGAGCGUUUGUGACAGUGGAUUGCUUUGAUUCAUGCUGUUGCAAAGCCUCAUUUUGGGAUUUGGACAACAAUUAAAGCGAUCAGAAGAGAGCGCAUGAAGGAUGAGAAGAUGAAUGUGGAGGCUCUCAGCAGAGCGGAGCUGCUAACUCUCCUCAGUAUCUUGGAGGGAGAGCUGGAGGCACAGGAUGUGGUCAUACAUGCCCUCAGGGCUCAGCACAGAGAUGCGUUUGUCCAGGAGCGUUAUGGCCAGUAUGACCUCAGUGAUCCAUUCCUGGCCCUACAGCGGGACAGCGAGUCCGAGGAGCGCCAGAACACAUUCACCCAGUCUCGCGCAUACCUGCAGGGUCGGGCUGUGGGCCCAAACCCUUUGGCUGUGCUUAAACUGGUCAUGGCUCACUGCAAAAGGAUGCAGGAGAGGAUGAUGGGACAGCUGGCUGCUGUUGAGGGCAGACACAGGAGGAUGAUAGCUGAUCUGGAAGAGGAGAAACAACGGCACGCCAAUGACUCUGCGCAGAGUGAUGAUUUCACCCUCAUGCUGCAGGCAGAGAGAGACAAACUGCUGCAGCAGUUGGAAAUGGAGCGCGCAACAGUACGCAGGUUAGAGAAGGAACAGGCACAGGCAGUGAGCCAGGUGGAGGAAUCACUGUCCCAGCAGCAGCAUCUCUCCUCAACUCUGACUCUAGAGCUCCAGAAAGCCAGCAGCCUGGCAGAGGAGGAGGCUCAGAAGGUCGCCCAACUUCACACCAUGCUCCAAGAGGAGACCAGUGCCCUGGAGAAGCUCCAGGGGCUUCUUGAAGAUGAAAAGAACAGGGCAGCCCAGCUAGAGGCUGGUUGUGAGAGACACCUGGCCAAGUUUGACUCAGAGCGAGAGCAGAUGAAAGCCAGGAUCAGUAAAGAGGAGGAGAGAAGCAGGGAGCUCGAGAGACAGUUGGAUGAGUUGAGGAAGAGGCUGGCUGAAACUGGAGGAUGUAAAGAGGAGGUAAAGGAGGCUGUGACUGAGGCGAAGGAGUCACUUCCCAAGACAAUGGUGGUGUCCACCUCUGUUCAGACUGAGCCAGAUGGAAAGAUGACUGUCACUCCUAAAUCCACCUCACUGUCAAAGGUCAAUGGCCAUCAUGCUCAUAAAGAGACUGAACCGACACCAGAAAGGAGAGCAGAAAAUGGAGGGAUGGUAGAGAAUGGGGGAGGAGCACAUUCCCCUCUUCACCCUCUUCCCCACCCUCUUCCUCACUCUCCCUCAAGCACAGCAUCCUCCUCCCUCUCUUCUUCCCCCAUUUCCUCCCCCGUUCUUGCCAAGCGCCUGGGCAGCCCAGGCUUUCAUCAGUCCUCCUAUCAGGCCGGAGUCAACCAGCGAUUUCAGGCUGCCAGACACAAGUUCCAGAGCCAGGCUGAACUGGAGCAGCAACAGCAGCAGCAGCACGGUGGCCCUCUCUCUCCCAGGGACCUCUCCCCCACCACCUCCUCAAUCCCACCCCCACCAGAGCACAGCACAGCGAAGCAGCUGGCCCGCAACACUGUCACUCAGGUGCUGUCCCGCUUCACCAGCCAGCAGGCUGGCAUCAAGCUGGCACCAAUCAGCAGCUCUCCAUUUGGUACAGACUACCGUAAUGUAGGAGCAUCUCCUCCUGGGGGGAGAUCACCAUCUUCAGGGCCUCUAUCACCGGGUAUCCGCUCCCCACUCACUCCUCGCUCAGAGAGGACACACCCUCCUCCGAUCCCUCCCAAGAAGCCUGGCAUGAGUCCAACACCAGGCUCCCCAUGUCACUCUGCCCGGACCAGCCUCUUUCCAGAGCUGACAGGAAACUGUGGACACAGCAACGCUGGGCAGGAGGCAGCCAAAGAGCUAGACUUUGUUUUAUCUUCUAGCAGCUAACUAAAUGAGUCAAGCCUAAGUCGACACUUAAACCCACUUCAUAGCACUCACAAUCAGUAGUAUAGACAUUUAAAAGCGGGACUGAUUCAAACGGAUCAUUUAAAAGUUUAUCACACCCCUACCUCUAUCCCAUAACCUGAGAAACAAACAGAAAAGAAUUAUUUGAAAUAUAAUAUGUUAUAUUAUGGAUUUCUUUUUUUUUUUUGAAUGUUAUUUCUUCACAUUCCUGUCUUUAUUCCUAUCCUUACUGAGAAUAUUUAUCAGUUAUUUUCCACUUUAACCCUAUAUUAAGGGUGUCUGGAAACCAUAUAUGUAAAGGGACCAAUGUUAACAAGACUUCAUAGUGCAACACUCCUUCUUUUCCCUAAUGCUUGAGUUGCCUAAUGAGUUGGAAUCAGAAAAGAUGAUUUUAGUCAGAAACAAAACUGUAUAGCAAGUAGAAGGGCUAAAAUACUGUAUGGAUGUAGAAAAUAGCAAAUGUGUAGCUAUAACCAUUUCACAGUCAACUAGUGAGUAGUUUUUAAAUGCUGUUCCUGUGGAGAUGGUCCAUGGAAACAAUAUUAUACUGUAUAGUUUAAAGAAUUUGCAGUUGAUUCUCUGGGUGAACACCACACGCGUGUGCUGUUGUUUUUUUCUAUCACACGUGUAAUGAAUACACUGAAUGUUAUCUUGAAAAGGGAGAGCACACUUUGUCCUACAUUACUGUAAAAUGCUGUCUGCAGCCUAAAAUGCUUUGUUCAGGGAACGUUCAUUUCUAUUUUACCCAAACCAAGAAGGAUUAUUUAUCAUGAAUAUGUGAUAACACUUUGGGAUAUUCCAUCAAUGAACACAAGGUUUGAAUCUUGCUACUGUAACUGUUGUUUCUAGGAUCUGUCAAAUGAUUUAGUGUUGUGUCUUUGUCCUACACAUCAGCUGUGUGUUUAAGGUUUGCCAUGUUUUGUGUUCCGUCGUUUCUGGCUUUAAAACCAAGAAUUUCUUGUAAGUAAUUAUUUUAGGCAAUCAGUUUAAAUCUCUAGAUCUGUACACCAUUUGUCUGUGAGGGGUAAUGUCCCUCAACUAUCUCUAGUAAAUAUGCAUAUCGUGAACGCCUGCAACAUCUAGUGUCAUUUUUAAAUAAAUUACCCAUGCCUUAAAGUUGUGUUGUGUCUGUUUGUUUCUAUUGGAACUCUUUUGGAUGAAAAUCUUCUGAAUCUUGACUAAAAGCAUGCAAGAAUUUACGUGCAACAGUGUGAAAGGAAAAUAACUAUUCCGUCGAGAUGUUCGAUCCAUUUAUUUGCACAACAGAAUGGGGCAGUACAGUCUUGAACUUUAUAACUGAUCAGCACACAGUUGUAGUAUAGUGUGAGGUUUGAACACUGCACAUAGUAUAGCUAACAAGUAGCUGAUCCAGAGUCAGCCUACUCAGACAUCAUGGAACACAUACAAUAUGAUACAGUAUAUGAUCUUGCCUUACGUGGCAACAGCUUUGCGCUCAACUGGCAUUGACAACACACAAACAGUUUGUUACAGUUAUGAGUGCAAUAUUCUAAGACUGAAACAAAAACCAGCGUAUUAAAAUAGAGAUUUGCAUACAUGGGUGAGAGGAUGGAGUUCUUUACCAUAGGAAAGAGAUUUUGGCAAAUAAAUCUUGGUUUAUAGGAGUAUGUUUUCCUUUCAAAAAGGAAAAGCUGUACAGCAAUGGAGGUGGAGUUGCCAAAGUAAGAACAGAGAAUGCAUUACAGUUGCAGCAGCAUGGAAGCUGUUUAUCUUUUUUCAGUCAUCAUUGCUUGCAUGAAUGGAGACACAUAACGCAAGUGGAACACAACAGAAAACAAGUAAACAUUCCCUCGGCCCUGACACACACGGACAAACAUAAAUGUCUACUGUGCAGAGACAGAGCUAUGCUGAGGAUCUUGCCACUCCUGAAUGUUAACAACAGGUAGAAAUACUGUCACUUUCACUGGCAACGUACAACUAAGUUGUCAGUUCAGCAAUACUAUAAUUUUGGUACUGCUAUUUUCCUAUCAGUGUCCCGAUUUGAGUGAUGCACCACACAUAUGUGACAACAAAGAAACAAAAACUUUCACAUUUUUUUGUUCCUGUCCAAAAUCAAAGUCUGACACGUGUGCUUAAUUUCUCUCAUCAGCUGCCUUGGUUCAUUUCCCUGUGUGCUGCGAUCUUCACUGUGACAUGAUCAUAGUUGUGCAUCAGUUUGAGUAAA